ACGGACGUCGGGAUCCUGCGGGGAUCCCGGCUCUCUUGCAAGCCCGGCAUCGGGGAUCGGGUUCACAAGGCGUUCUGAAGCCCAAGCAAGUGGAGGGUGGGGGGUGUCUGUGGCUCCUCCUCCUGCUCUUCCUCUUAUUUUUUUUCUCUCUCUCUCCCACCCCCACGGCCCAGCGGUGGUGAGAUCCGGUGCAAGCCCUCCGGACGGCGUUAUAAGAAGCCCCGGGAUGUGGGGAGUGAGAUCGCGAGCUUGGAGGGAGCUGCUGGGGGUGGAUCUGGGAAGGCGGAGGCGGUGCUGCGGGGCCGAAAACGUCGCCAACAUGGCGAGCGAAGGGCGCAGCAUCCAUUCGGACAACAUCGCCGCGGUCCACGAGGUGCCCAUGAAGGUGAUCAUCCGACCCAUCCCUCCCGCCUUGGAGGAAGGCAAGGUGGAGAGCCUCAUGAGGGCCAUCCAGGAAGAAGCUGACCGUGUGCCCCCGAUAGAUGUUCUCUGGGUCAAAGGCCGAGAAGGGGGCGACUACUUCUACUCAUUUGGAGGGUGUCACCGUUACGCGGCCUACAAGCGCCUGGGCAAAGAGACCAUCCCAGCUAAAAUAAUCCGCUCCACCAUCAGCGACUUGCGCACUUACCUGGGUUCCUCCCUGCCUGAUUUGCGGUAGGGAUGCUCUUGGGACCUAGUGGUCUUCGCAAGGCUGCGAUGCUGUGAGCUUCACAGGCAGAACCACCAAUGCUUCUGAAUACCAGGAGGGGAGAGUUGCUCUUGUGUUCGAAUCCUGCUUGCGGGUUUCCCACAGGCGUCUGGUUGGCCCCUGUGAGAACAGGAUUCUGGACUAGGUGGGCCAUCGGCCUCAUCCAGCCACGCUCUUCUUAGUACGGUCCUCAAGGAGAUGCGCUUUGCUCUCAGGAUGGCAGGCUUCCGAUAAGGAGACUGUUGAAUCGCAGGCACUGUUUUUUUACUUCAGGGAAUUUCUCCUCUUUAUCCAUCUGGCUUUUGUAUCUUUUUAAAAAAUGUGGUUUUUUUUAUAUCGUAAAACACUUUUUAUGGACUUUUCACAAUAGGCUUCAAAAAGAUUGAAAAGAAGCAUAUAAACAAAUAAAGGAAAAUGUCUCAGAAGUGAUUUUUUUUUUUUAAAUUGCUU